UUGGCGGAGCAUUGACCCGGCCAGCUGUCAUUUCGACCGCUUGCUCGGCCCCCUGAAGCGCAAAAUUUUUCGGGUUUCGGCUGCUUUUCGACCGGGACCCUCGCUCGUUUGCAGUUUUUCCAAUUGAAGUGGUGAAAAACUCGCCAUCUUGUGCUUGCCUGUCGGCACGAGCAGUGGGAAAUUUCCCAUUUCGGCAGUAAUCGGAUGUUGAGGGCCGUGAACAAGCUUUGAAUCGCGAUUGAGCUCGGGCACGUCUAAUAACACAACCGGCGCGGAGAUAAUUUAUUUUAAGUUGCGUAGAUGUCUAAAAAAACGUCACCAAAAGUUUUAAACCUCCAACGGAUCGACAUUAUUGCCGCGUCUGGGCCCGAUGAUCAACAUGGACGAGUUAAUAAACAAGUUGUCUGCGACCAUCCUUGACGAUUUGAUCGACGAUGCCUCGCUGGGAGUCAUCUUUGGCGUUCACCGGGCCAACAAACUGGGCUACCUGGCCAUCGAGGAUGGAUUUAAGGGCAACAAUGGCGAGCAUAGUGAAGGCCACCCUAUCGUAAUUGCUCCCAACAUGGACGUCUUUGGACAGGUAGCCAUGAAGAACAAGCAGCACGAGUGCGUCUGUCCUAGCUGCAACAGGAGCCUUGCUGCGUCCAGAUUCGCUCCGCAUCUUGAGAAAUGCAUGGGCAUGGGCAGAAAUAGCUCUCGCAUCGCGAGCCGCAGGAUUGCUAACAGCAGCAAGGAAGGCAACGGCAAUGGCAACAUCGCGUCCGGAACGGGGGUGAGUGACGACGAUGAUGACGCUGACUGGACGUUUGGUGGCAGUGAGAAGAAAAGGAAGCGGAAGGACAAACACAGCACAAAGAAGAAAAACUCUAGAGUAAGAAUCCUGCUUUCAGCCUUCUUCAUAAUUUGCAAUUUUUGUGUUGUCCAGGUCAAGAAUGGUGGUGCUGCCGCUUCAACUGCGGUUUCAGAUUCAACAUAUAACUCUUUAGAAGGUAACAUCAAUUCUGGAGAGCAAGCUGCUCCCGUGGUCAAUGGUGCUCCUACUUUUGAUAGCCUUGGAGCAGCAGAAAAAAAGACGCUUCUUUUGCAAAUCUGUGGAGUAGUUUCGGAACAUACUGGGAAAUUGUGCACCAGGACUUUAAGGUGCCCUCAACACUCUGAAGAGCAAAGGAGGAACAUCAGGUUGGCUCUACUAGGCCAAAACUAUGAGCAUAAUCAAGUUAUAGGGACUUAUAUUAAGUCUGAGCCGAUGGAUAGUGAUAACGUAGGCAACGUUGAUGUAGAUUCGUACGAAGACGGGGAUAGUCAAGCGGUGAGGGAAGCGCUGACCAGAGGCGCCAGUUGGGACCAAGCGACUGAGCACUCGAGCACAUCCUCGCCAGCAGACUCAACGUCCACCACCAGCUCCUCAUCAAAAAAGCCAACCACUUCCAAGGGUGGCAAGAAAGGGAAAAAAGGCUCUAAAAAUAGCACACCUCCGAGCAGCAUUGCUGGUAGUGCUGCGCUUGAGGAUUUGUAUUCCCACUAAUUUUUUUUUUGUUAAGCAGUAUUCCGUACUUAAUUAUCUGUUAAGCCAAAGCUCAUUGUGAAUAGUAGCCAUGUAAGUCCGACGUCUGCUCCGAUUUGUACUUAUUGUGUAAAGCGAAACCAACAAUUGAUUAAUUGUUACAAAGAAAUACAAUGUAAAUCUACCGACUAGACUCAGAAUCUUUUAAGUGUGGCAAUAAUUGUAAUAUGUGCAUACAAUGAAUGAUAAUUUAUCGCGGAUUUUUAAAUUGUGUGAUAUACUUUGAAAACAUGUCCAGUUUCCUCUCCAAAUGUGUAAAAAAAUAUGAUUACUAUAGAGCACGCCGUCUGAAUAUUCAGCAAAACAAUGCUCAUCAUUGCGACUGAUGUCUCCUAUAAUGUUUAAAUUGACAGGAAUAAGAUAUAAUUUUGUCCGUGCGUAUGAAAAUAAAAUUCAAGUGUAAUUUAAAA